UGGAGCAGAUGAAAGGGCCGCGGCGCGACGGCCGGGGGAGCGGAGCAGAGCCUGCGACCCACAAAGCCGCCGCCGCCGCGAUGGUGCUGUGAGGCGCUCGGUCCUCCGCCGGCCCGCGACUAUGCCCGGCCGCGCCCGCCCUCCGCGCCCUCCCGCCGCAGGACCAUGAGGCCACGCUCGGGCGGGCGCCCAGGGGCCCCGGGCCGCCGCCGUCGCCGCCCGCCGCGGCCCCCUGGUCGUCGCCUGCCGCCGCCUCCGCCGCUGCCGCUGCUUCUCGGGCUGCUGCUGGCGGCCGCGGGGCCCGGCGCGGCGCGGGCCAAGGAGACGGCGUUCGUGGAGGUGGUGCUGUUCGAGUCGAGCCCGAGCGGCGACUACACCACCCACACCACCGGCCUCACGGGCCGCUUCUCGCGGGCCGGGGCCAUGCUCAGCGCCGAGGGCGAGAUCGUGCAGAUGCACCCACUAGGCCUAUGUAAUAACAAUGACGAAGAGGACUUGUACGAGUAUGGCUGGGUAGGAGUGGUGAAGCUCGAACAGCCAGAAUUGGACCCCAAACCAUGUCUCACUGUCCUGGGCAAGGCCAAGAGAGCAGUUCAGCGGGGAGCUACCGCCGUUAUCUUUGACGUAUCUGAAAACCCAGAAGCCAUCGACCAGCUAAACCAAGGCUCCGAAGACCCCCUUAAGAGGCCAGUGGUGUAUGUGAAGGGUGCAGAUGCUGUCAAGCUGAUGAACAUUGUCAACAAGCAGAAAGUAGCUCGAGCAAGGAUCCAGCACCUCCCUCCUCGACAACCCACCGAGUACUUUGACAUGGGGAUUUUCCUGGCAUUCUUCGUCGUGGUCUCCUUGGUCUGCCUCAUUCUCCUUGUCAAAAUCAAGCUGAAGCAGCGUCGUAGUCAGAAUUCCAUGAACAGGCUGGCCGUGCAGGCUCUGGAGAAGAUGGAAACCAGAAAGUUCAACUCCAAGAGCAAGGGGCGCCGGGAAGGAAGCUGUGGGGCCCUGGAUACACUUAGCAGCGGCUCUACAUCCGACUGUGCCAUCUGUCUGGAGAAGUACAUUGAUGGAGAGGAGCUUCGGGUCAUCCCGUGUACCCAUCGAUUCCACAGGAAGUGUGUGGAUCCAUGGCUACUGCAGCACCAUACCUGUCCCCACUGUCGGCACAACAUCAUAGAACAAAAGGGAAAUCCAGGUGCUGUUUGUGUGGAGACAAGCAACCUUACCCGUGGUCGGCAGCCAAGAGUGACCCUACCAGUACAUUACCCAGGCCGUGUGCAUAGGACCAAUGCCAUCCCAGCCUACCCUACUAGGACAAGUAUGGACUCCCAUGGCAACCCUGUCACACUGCUAACCAUGGACCGGCAUGGGGAGCAGAACCUCUAUUCUCCACAAACACCCACCUACGUCCGUGGUUACCCACCCCUGCACCUGGACCACACUCUGGCCCCUCAUCGCUGCAGCCUGGAACACCGGGCCUACUCACCAGCCCAUCCCUUCCGCAGGCCCAAGUUCAGCAGCCGCAGCUUCUCCAAGGCAGCUUGCUUCUCCCAGUAUGAGACCAUGUACCAACACUACUACUUCCAGGGUCUCAGCUACCCAGAGCAGGAGAGCCAGCCAGUACCUAGCGUCACACCCAGGGGCCAGUCCCGUGCCUUCCCACCAAGUGGUGGCAGCAGCCUGCUCUUCCCCACCAUGGUGCAUAUGGCCCCUCCAGCCCAUGUGGAGAGUGGCAGCACGUCUAGCUUCAGUUGCUACCACGGGCACCGUUCUGUGUGUAGUGGCUACCUGGCUGACUGUCCUGGCAGCGAUAGCAGCAGCAACAGCUCUGGCCAGUGCCGCUGCUCUUCCAGUGACUCUGUGGUGGACUGCACAGAAGUCAGCAACCAAGGUGUGUACGGGAGCUGCUCCACCUUCCGAAGCUCCCUCAGCAGCGACUACGACCCCUUCAUCUACCGCAGCCGGGGGCCUGCUGUGCACCUUGAGGGCUCCCCGCCACCAGAGGAGCUUCCAGCAGCCCACAAUCAAGGUGCUGGGCGGGGUGAGCCAUGGCUAGGCCCUGCCUCUCCCUCAGGGGACCAGCUGUCCACCUGCAGCCUGGAGAUGAACUACAGCAGCAACUCCUCGCUGGAACCCAGAGGGCCCAACAGCUCUACCUCAGAAGUGGGGCUCGAGGUUUCUCCUGGGGCCGCCCUGGACCUCAGGAGGACCUGGAAAGGGGGCCCAGAGGGACCAUCAUGUGCUUGCUGCUUUGAGCCCCAGCCCGUCACGCUGGGCUCUGGGAUAGGAACAACUGCAGGUGGUAGCAGCUUAUUCCUGGGUCCCCGACUCCUUGAGGACUGCAACCCUGCAAGUGGGGAGCCACAACUAGGGAGCUCCCAGGGCCUGUAUGGCCUUCACUCAGACCAUUAUCCUAGGACAGAUGGGGUGAAAUAUGAGGGCCUGCCCUGCUGCUUCUAUGAAGAGAAGCAGGUGGCCCACAGUGCUGGCAGGGGCAAUGGCUGCUACACUGAGGACUAUUCAGUGAGUGUGCAGUACACACUCACCGAGGAACCCCCACCCAGCUGUUAUGCAGGGCCCCGGGACUUGAGCCAGCGCAUCCCCAUUAUUCCAGAGGAUGUAGACUGUGACUUGGGCUUGCCCCAAGACUGCCAAGGGAGGCACAGCCACAGCCCCUGGGGUGGAGCACUGGGCUUGGACGGUCCCCGACUCCAAUGGAGUCUGGGGACAACCCGGAAAGAGGAACAGGCUCCAUGUUACCAAGCUGAGGUGCAGCCUGGCUGCUCUCCAGAGGAGGCAGAUGCUUCCAGGGCUAGCCUCUCCAGUGCCCCCCAGGACACUCAGGAGUCCCUUGCCCUGGCUGCUGAGGCUUCAGGUGAGAACAGAUGACAGUAGUAUUUGUAUAGAGAUCCUUGUCUCAGGCCUUUUGUGUUUGGCUCCCUCUGUGCCCUUGGCUUCUGUACCUGAUGACUUUCAAACAUUGCUUCUCCACCCUACCCAUCUUCAAACCUUCUAGCCAU